AUGGCAGAAAAGGUCUACCAAUGCACUGUAAGUGCUCCAGUAAAUAUUGCAGUUAUCAAAUACUGGGGAAAACGCGACGUUGGGUUGAAUUUACCGACAAACAGUUCAUUAAGUGUAACUUUAUCACAAGAUGAUUUAAGGACUGUGACAAGUGCUAGCUGCAGCAAAUCCUUUGAAAAGGACACUCUAUGGUUGAAUGGACAUGCGGAAGAUAUUUCUGCCAGCAAACGGCUUUCCGUUUGCGUAGAGGAGUUGCGUAGUGUUCGUCGAGAAUUGGAAAAGGAAAAUGACUCAAUGGAUAAGAUUAGCCAGCUGAAAGUGCACGUUGUAUCUAUAAAUAAUUUCCCCACUGCUGCUGGUUUAGCUUCCUCGGCUGCCGGAUAUGCUGCUUUUACUGAAGCCAUUGCACGCUUGUACGAUUUGACCUGGACUCCUACUGAGUUAUCCAGAAUUGCCAGACAGGGUUCUGGUAGCGCUUGUCGUAGCUUGUUUGGUGGAUACGUUUCGUGGGAGAUGGGCGAAUUGCAUAGUGGAGCAGAUAGUGUUGCCGUGCAAGUAGAGCCUGUGGAGCAUUGGCCUGAAAUGCGUGUUGCUAUUAUGGUUGCUUCUGCUGCCAAGAAGGGUAUCUCCUCAACUUCAGGUAUGCAAGCAACAGUUGCUUCUUCUACCUUAUUUCAAGAACGCAUAAAGAAUAUCGUUCCUGGGCGUAUGCAAGCCAUGAAACAAGCUAUCCGCAACCGUGAUUUUGAAACGUUUGCCAAGCUUACGAUGACUGAUUCCAAUCAAUUCCACGCGUGUUGCCUUGAUACCCUUCCUCCUAUCUUUUACCUGAACGAUACCUCUAGAGCUAUCAUUCGUGUCAUCGAGAAUAUCAAUGCUGCUGCUGGAAAGACCGUUGCUGCUUAUACUUUUGAUGCCGGUCCCAAUGCAGUGGUGUACUUCUUGGAAGAAAACUCUUCGUAUAUCUUGGACGCUUUGCAUGCCGUUUCAAAGCACGCAGAAGGUUGGGAGGAAAGUGCUAGAAACCCUACCUCUGUGAAGAUUGACGAUGUUGCGUCGGAAACUGUAUCGUCUGGAGUGAGCCGAGUGAUUCUUACCAAAAUUGGUGAUGGCCCUCGUAUUCUAUCUCCUGAGGAGUCUUUAAUAAAGGAAGAUGGAACACCUAAAAAUGCUUAA